UCAGUCGUAAUAGGUUCCCAAUUCAAUUAAACUGCCAAUCUAUUCUUCUGCUCUCCUCUAGCUAAUUAAACUUGGACUCGCUCCAUCAUCACUUUCAUUAGUGACAAAAUCUCAAAUUUUAGGGGUUUUGUGGCUCAUCAGUUUCUGGGUUAAUUUCGGGGUUUUGGCUUGCUAAAUUUCAAGGAAUUUGGGGUUUUGUGGCUCGUCAGUUUCAUCAAUUUGAGGUAUUAAUUUACAAUUUGCUGAACAAUAUUGUUGCUAGAACAAGAAUCAAUCUCUUUUUGCGAGAUAUUUCCUUUGAUGUUGUUGCAGCUGUAGAUUUUCUGGUUGAGAGUUACAUUUCGCUUGUGGUUUUAGACAAGCCAAAGUUUAUUAAGGUAAAAGAUGACUUAUCGAAGCAAGAGAGCAAGGGAAAUGCUUGCUGCCACAGCUAAGUCAAAUGCUACUGAAGUUGUUUCACAACCCACCAAAAAACAAGCUACUAAGUCACCACAGACUGAGAUGCCAAGGGUAAUUCUACAUUAGUAAGUGGUAUUAUUCUGCCAAUUGAUGUAUGGAGUAAUAACGACGUCCAGUACUAUGUCGAAUUCAAUGAUUUAUGCCAGCCAAUUAGGAAGGGUGGACAUAUUUUGGUUAAAUUCAUUAGUAUGAUUGCGAAGAUGGAGUCACAUUGUCCAGUUGGGGAAAAAGAUUGGAAAGCAAUCGACAAGCAUUUUAAAGGGAAAACAAUUAAAGACAUAAGAGACCGUUUUGUGAUUCCUCCUAGUGUGGAAUAUGACAACCAAGCUCUCAAGCGUGCCAAUAAAUGUUGGAGGCAGUUCAAAUAUUCUCUGAAACUGAUUCAUUACAAGCCACUAGAGAAGAAAUUGGAUGAUAUGUGUAAUAAUGUGCCACAUGGAAUUACCAGUAGUAACUGGGUUAAGUUGGUAAAAUAUUGGGAUUCGGAUUACGGGAAAACUAUGUCAGAAUGCGGUAAAAAGGCACGAGCUUCUCUAAAUCAGAUUCAUACAUCUGGCUCUUUAAGUUUUUCAAACCAACAAGCUGAUUAUGAAGAUGAACAUGGAAAAAAAAUGAGCUUGUUAGCACUGUGGAUUAAAACCCAUGCGGGUAAAGACGGAAAAUUUCUUCCUGACACAGUCACUCAAGAUUUUGUGGAUGAUGUUAAAGCUAAGGUUGAAGAGUUGAGGAUGGUGCACCCUAAGAUGUCUGAACAAGAGCUCGAAGAUGAAGCAUUUCAGCAAACUAUGUAUGGCAAUGAGAUUCCCGAUCAUCCGGUGGGUUACGGACAAGGGGUUAAAAAGGGGGACAUUUUCGGAGUACGUGGUGUGUUAAGGAAGGAAGGCUAUGGAAAAGUUCAAAAGAGGACUAUUGUGAUGGAUAGUGUUAAAGAAGAAGUGAAUGCUUUGCACAAAAAAAAAUGAUACACUAUCUCAAGAAAAUGAAAAGCUGAAAGACGAGGUCGGACACAACAAUCUUCUUCUUAAAGCGCUUGUUGGACAAUUUUCUCAGAUUGUAGGUCCAGUUCGUCAAGGGAAUGCAUCUCCAGGUCUUCUAAACAAAGCAUCUGAAUUCUUAGGAAAGGCAAAACAUCAGAUUGGAAAAGGCAAUGUAGGUGCAACAAAAGAAUAGGCUGGGACACUUGAGCAUCAACAAGCGACAAUAUCGAUCAAUGUGGCCAUCAUCUAUCUAUUUUGGUUUUUAGUCUUAUAUUAGUGAUGUAUUUAUUUAGGGACAAGCUACAUACUAUAAUAUGCGACCUUUUUUUA